AUGCUGCUGGCCUGUGUGCAAACGGUCCUUGUCAGCAGCAUGUUCUUAGUCCAAGUCUAUGGCGCUGGAGGCUGCUUCUGGGACAACGGCCACCUGUAUCGUGCGGACCAGCCCUCCCCUGCGCCGGGCCUCCGCUGCCUCAACUGGCUGCACGCGCAGAGCGGCUCGUCGGCCCCCAAGGCAGGCACCGGCGACCACAACUACUGCCGGAAUCCCGACCACGACCCACGCGGGCCCUGGUGCUACGUCAACGGCGAGGCCGGCGCCCCAGAGAAGCGGCCGUGCGAGGACCUGAGCUGCCCAGAGACACCGUCCCAAGUUCCACCAACUGCUGUAACAGAAAGGGUGGAGGAGGCCCCUGAGGUGCCCCAGGAAGAUGACGUGCAGGCGUUCCCCCCUGCUAACGCCCUACCUGCGCACAGCGAGGCAGCAGCUGUGCAGCCUGUGAUUGGGAUCAGCCAGCGCGUGCGCAUGAACUCCAAGGAAAAGAAGGACCUGGGGACCCUGGGCUACGUGCUGGGCAUUACAAUGAUGGUGAUCAUCAUUGCCAUUGGAGGUGGCAUCGUCUUGGGCUACACUUACAAGAGGGCCAAGGACUUAAAAACACAGCACGAGCAGAAAGCCUGUGAGAGGGAGAUGCAUCGAAUCACACUGCCCUUGUCUGCCUUUACCAACCCCACCUGUGAGAUUGUGGAUGAGAAGAUGGUUGUGGUCCAUGCCAGCCAGACUCCAGUCGACCUUCAGGAGGGCAGCGCUCCCCUCAUGGACCAGGCCGGCACUCCUGGGGCCUGA